UUCUCACACUUUCAUUAACUCAUACCAAAAUUAGCUACCUUUAAUUCUGUAUACCUUUGAUACCUUUUCUCGCUAUCUGUAUCUUAACCAUGAUUCUCUCUUCCAUAUAUCUUCAAAAUGCACUAAAAUACCAAAGUCACAAAACACCAAAUUUAAGGAGUCCUUUCCCCAUUAAUUCACCAUUUGCUUUUCACUCCAAUAGCAACGUAUUUAUUAUCUACGGAUUUGACUACACCUUCUCCGUCACAGCCUCGAUCAUACGAUCCUUAUUUUGUUAUGUUUUCCCAUGACUCAAGAAAAAUCAAAGUGGCUGCCAACCCUUGGCUUCAACUUAGAUUUCAAGGAACCAUAGAGCCAAUCACUUGCGCUUUGGAGUCACCGGCUACGCUUUUAAUCAAACACCUUCCAGACGCUAUUCCUCGUGACACCCUUUCUCGACUCUUGUUCUGGUGGAAGGUUGAGACAUUAUGCUUUUGUGGAUUUCAAAAAUGAUAUGCUGGCAUCGUUGAAAUUUCUUGGUAAAGUCUUGUCAGCCGAGAAAGCUAGUAAGCCAAUUGCAAAUGAGGAAAAAAGCAGCGCAGCUCAGCUGGGAAAAGACUCUAUAACACCAGUGGUGAAGAAUGAAAAUGUAACCAAACCUAUUGACGGAGACACAAAAUCAGGAGGCCUUCCUAUUCCUGAGCCAAUUGCCCAUAAACUUGGUGUUGAUUAUCCAUUUCCUCCUCAUAUUGAGUAUGCUUAUCCUCCACCAGAUGGAAAUAUACAGACCAGCAUCGUGAAUGCUCUAAUUGCUGUUCCCCGCUUUUACACUCAGGUUGGUCUAGUAUCAAAUGAAGCUUCAAGGAUUUAUUGGUUUCCUUUUACCAGCUCAUGUAUCAUUUUCUGUGUGCUCAUUUUAUACUUAAUCUGUCGUAUUGACUGUACCUCUUUAAUAUAAGUUAUACACUUGAUGAACAAAAUGAACAUUCCUUACACACGCCACCAUUUCCUCCAGGGGUGCCAGCCCCACCUGAGCCGACUCAUUCUUUAACUGCAAAGCUGCAGUCUGCAGAUAUGUCAGCCUAAUCUUCAGAAGAGGUAACAUCUCCACUGCUUGUUAGGAAUCAAACUUAGGGUGUGUUUGGAUUGGUGGUGAACAGAAUUGAUUCUAGCAUAAUUGAGUCUGGUAGAAUUGAUUUUAACAGAAUUGAGUUUAGCAGAAUUGAUUUAUGUUUGGAUACAUUUAUGUAAAAGUGAGUUGAACAAUAAAUUUUAGUGUAAAAAUUACCCAUAAUCAAUUAUGGAGAUAGAAGCUACAAAUUCUAGCUUCAAGUAGAAUCAAUUCUGUAGGCAGAAUAAAUUCUACUUUUGAUAAAACAAACACCUUAAAAUCACCCAGAAUCAAUUCUACACUUCUAGAAUUGAUUCUGGGUCUUCCAAAAGCCAAUCCAAACAUGCUAUUAGCCUAUUUAUUUUAUGGAUCUUUUGCAUGACAGGCUAAUCUUUCUGAAAUGGUAUGCGACAUUAUGUUUUAUUUUUCAUUCAGCAAUAUAUUUAAUGACAUUUUUUAUAGUCUAUUGUUUCAUGGAAAAUAGUACCUUUUUAUCAGUACACACUAUGCUUUGGCCGCAUCUUCCUGUUGUCGUUCUGUAUGAACAAAAUUCCAUUGAAACAAAAUUAUUUUGCCAAUGAAUAUCAAACUAUAACUAUAUGGUGCCAAUAGGAGAAUAUAUUUUACUGCUUUUAGUGAAAUUUGAUUGUCAAUGGAAAGUAAUAAAAGCUUUUUAGGAGGAUGGAGCAAGAACAGAAAAUUCUGGACGAAAACGUGCCAGGUGUGGGGCCAUUGUUGGCCCUGCUAUCGAUGAAGAUGUGGCUCAUGAGUCCAUUGGAGUACUUUGAUCCUGAAAGAAAUCCCAAUGAUAAAAAAGAAAUCCCAAAACCCUCUCCACCUAAAUCUCUCUAUUCUUUUCACUCAAUCAUUUCCUUUAUUCAAAGCUCUCCCCUCACCUCCAAACUCCCAAAGCAUAAAUGUAUUUU